AUGGUCAAAAAAAUCCGCAAGAUUGCUCUGGAGGAGGCGUUCCAGCUGCCCGACCUCGCAACAAACAGUAAUAAUUUUACAGCUCCCAAUGGUGCUUCGGACUUGACAGCAAAUCUGGUAGAUAUCCAUGACCAACGUCUGAGGGGAAUGGAUGAGAAUGAGAUAUCCUACAUGGUACUGUCUCUUACAUCCGCUGGCCCUCAGGAUCAACGAGAUCCCGCUGCAGCCCAAGCCCUAGCCGUGCGAGCAAAUGAUUACCUUGCAGAUAGCAUUCGUCAAAACCCUUCGCGGUUCGGAGGCUUUGGCGCUUUGAGCAUGCACGAUCCGCAGGUUGCAGCUUUGGAGGCUAGGCGUGCGAUCAAAGAAUUGGGAUUUCAGGGACUUCUAGUUAACGAUUUUCAAACGACCGGAGCUGAUGGAGAAGGCGCUAUCUUCUAUGAUCAACCGGAGUGGGAUGUGUUUUGGAAGGAGGUCGAGGAGCUUGAUGUACCUCUGUACAUCCACCCUAGAUUGACUACCCCUGCUGCCACUGAGUUGUUCCUCACCGGAAGACCGUGGCUACGAGGUAGUACCUAUUUCUUCAGUGUUGGAGUCUCACUCCACGUUUUAGGACUCUAUGCCAAUGGAGUAUUUGAUCGCUUCCCACGCCUUCAAAUUAUCAUUGGGCACAUGGGUGAACACAUCCCGUACCAACUAUGGCGUUUCGACCAUCGCAUGAGUCUGUAUACAGAAGGGUUUGUACCAAAAGCAAAAAGAACUCUCCGGGAGACCAUGAAAACCAAUAUAUCAAUCACCACCAGUGGACACUACGGAACACCUUCCUUAAUGUUUGCGGUUCAAGAACUGGGAAUUGACCGAGUUUUGUUCUCCAUUGACUAUCCAUACGAAACAAUUGACGAGGGCGCGAAGUGGUUCGAUAGCAUAACAGAGUUGACCGAACAGCAGAAGGAACAAAUUGCGUUUGGAAACGCAACAAGACUCCUUAAGCUCAAUCAGUGA